AUGGCACAGCUAGCACCAGCAGCAGCCUCUUCUCAUGGAUCAUUGUGCAAGGCCCAUCCUGGCCCUCGGAAGAAGAGGCCCAGGGAGAUGGAACCCUCAAUGGUUUCCCCAUCUUAUGACAUCAAGUUUCAAGACUUGAUCCUCUUCAUCUUGGAGAAGAAAAUGGGAACCACCCGCAGAGCUUUCCUAAUGGAGCUGGCUCGGAGGAAAGGAUUCUGGGUAGAAAAUGAGCUCAGUGAAUCUGUCACUCACCUGGUAGCAGAAAACAACUCUGGUUCUGAUAUUUUGGAAUGGCUUCACUUCCAGAACAUAAAAGUCAGCUCACAGCUAGAGCUCCUCGAUGUCUCCUGGCUGAUAGACUGCAUGAGGGCAGGAAAGCCAGUAGAGAUGACAGAAAAGCAUCGGCUUACUGUGAUAAGAGAUCAUUCAGAUGACCCAAAUGCAGGAUCCCAGAAGACUAUAUCACCUGCUGAAAACUACAUCUCCCAGUAUGCUUGUCAGAGAAGGACCACUUUAAACAACUGCAACCGCAUAUUUACGGAUGCCUUUGAUAUACUGGCUGAAAAUUUUGAAUUUCGAGAAAAUGAGACUUCCUGUCUGGCCUUUAUGAGAGCAUCUUCUGUACUUAAAUCUCUGCCAUUCACAAUCCUUAGUAUGAAGGACACAAAAGGAAUUCCUUGCCUGGGGGACAAAGCAAAGAGUAUCAUUGAGGAUAUUAUUGAAGAUGGAGAAAGUUCUGAAGUUAAGGCUGUGUUAAAUGAUGAACGAUAUCAGUGUUUCAAACUCUUUACUUCUGUAUUUGGAGUAGGACUGAAAACAUCUGAGAAGUGGUUCCAGAUGGGCUUCAGAACACUGAGCAAGAUAAAGUCAGACAAAACCCUGAAUUUCACAAACAUGCAGAAAGCAGGAUUUCGCUACUAUGAAGAUCUUGUCAGCUGUGUGACCAGGGAGGAAGCUGAGGCUGUCAGCUUGAUGGUCAAAGAGACUGUCCAGACAUUUCUGCCUGAUGCAUUCAUCACCAUAACUGGAGGGUUCCGCAGAGGUAAGAAGAUUGGACAUGAUGUAGACUUUCUAAUUACCAGUCCAGGAUCAACAGAACAAGACGAGCAACAACUCUUACAAAAUGUGAUCAACACAUGGGAAAGGAAGAAAUUACUUCUAUACUACGACCUUGUGGAGUCAACAUUUGAGAAGCUCAAGUUACCUAGCAGGAAAGUGGAUGCUUUAGAUCAUUUUCAAAAAUGUUUUCUGAUUUUAAAAUUGCACCAUCAGAGGGUGGCAGGCACCAAAGCCAACCAGCAGGAAGGGAAGGCCUGGAAGGCUGUGCGCGUGGACCUCAUUGUAUGCCCUUACGAACGCCGUGCCUUCGCCCUGCUGGGCUGGACUGGCUCCCGGCAAUUUGAGAGAGAUCUCCGGCGCUAUGCCACACAUGAGAGGAAGAUGAUUCUGGACAACCAUGCUCUGUAUGACAAGACGAAGAGGAUAUUUCUCAAAGCAGAAACUGAAGAAGAAAUUUUUGCACAUCUGGGACUGGAUUACAUUGAUCCCUGGGAAAGAAACGCCUAG